GGAGGGAGGGAAAACACGUGGGAGAGAAAUGUGGGCGAGUGAAUAAUUUCCAAUGAUUAUUUGUAUUUCUCCUUGAUGCUCAAUCCUUGAGACGCGCGAUUUGAUCUAUUACCUCAAUACUGGAAACUGUUCCGCAGGAGCUACAAAAUACAAGACCACCCAGCAAGCCGAGGACCCUUUAUGAGCAAAGGACAAACAAGAUGCAUUGUGAGAGAUUUAUAUGCAUCCUGAGAAUACUUGGAACCACGCUCUUUGGGGUCUCCCUCCUGCUCGGAAUCACAGCUGCUUACAUUGUUGGCUACCAGUUUAUCCAAACAGACAAUUACUAUUUCUCUUUUGGACUCUAUGGUGCUAUUUUGGCAUCACAUCUCAUCAUCCAAAGCCUAUUUGCCUUUUUAGAGCACAGGAAAAUGAAAAGAUCACUUGAGACUCCAAUAAAGUUGAACAAAACAGUUGCCCUUUGCAUUGCUGCCUAUCAAGAGGAUCCUGACUACUUAAGAAAAUGUUUACUUUCAGUGAAAAGAUUGACCUACCCUGGAAUUAAAGUUAUCAUGGUCAUUGAUGGGAACUCAGAAGAUGACAUUUACAUGAUGGAUAUUUUUAGUGAAAUCAUGGGCAGGGACAAAUCUGUCACUUAUAUAUGGAGGAAUAACUUUCACGAGAAGGGUCCAGGUGAGACAGAGGAGUCACAUAAAGAGAGUAUGCAACACGUAACUCAACUAGUCCUAUCCAACAAAAGUAUUUGCAUCAUGCAGAAAUGGGGUGGAAAAAGAGAAGUAAUGUACACAGCAUUCAAAGCGCUGGGGAGAAGUGUGGAUUAUGUACAGGUUUGUGAUUCAGAUACAAUGCUUGAUCCAGCCUCAUCGGUGGAGAUGGUAAAGGUUUUAGAGGAAGAUCCAAUGGUUGGCGGAGUUGGGGGUGAUGUGCAGAUUUUGAACAAGUACGAUUCUUGGAUCUCCUUUCUCAGCAGCGUGAGAUACUGGAUGGCAUUUAACAUAGAACGAGCCUGUCAGUCCUAUUUUGGCUGUGUACAGUGCAUCAGUGGACCCUUGGGAAUGUACAGGAACUCCUUGCUGCAUGAAUUUGUGGAAGAUUGGUACAAUCAAGAAUUUAUGGGCUCCCAGUGUAGUUUUGGAGAUGACAGACAUCUAACUAACCGAGUGCUGAGUCUGGGUUAUGCCACAAAGUACACAGCUAGAUCAAAGUGCCUUACUGAAACACCUAUAGAAUAUCUAAGGUGGUUGAACCAGCAGACCCGUUGGAGUAAAUCAUACUUUAGAGAGUGGCUGUAUAAUGCAAUGUGGUUCCACAAGCAUCAUUUGUGGAUGACUUACGAAGCUGUAAUCACUGGAUUCUUUCCUUUCUUCCUCAUUGCCACAGUCAUUCAGCUUUUCUACCGGGGGAAAAUCUGGAACAUCCUCCUUUUCUUGUUGACAGUUCAGUUAGUGGGCCUUGUAAAGUCUUCCUUUGCCAGCUGCCUUAGGGGGAACAUUGUCAUGGUGUUCAUGUCACUCUACUCAGUGUUGUACAUGUCAAGUUUACUUCCAGCGAAGAUGUUCGCAAUAGCCACAAUAAACAAAGCAGGGUGGGGCACAUCAGGAAGAAAAACCAUUGUCGUCAAUUUCAUAGGACUUAUUCCAGUAUCUGUUUGGUUUACAAUCCUUCUAGGUGGUGUGAUUUUCACUAUAUGCAAGGAAUCAAAAAAGUCAUUUUCCGAUUCAAAACAGACAGUUCUCAUCAUUGGUACAGUACUCUAUGCAUGCUACUGGGUUAUGCUUUUGACUUUGUAUUUGGUUCUUAUCACCAAAUGUGGCAGGCGGAAGAAAGGGCAACAGUACGAUAUGGUGCUUGAUGUAUGAUGUUUCUGCAGAACGUUACACAGAAAAUUUGAAAGCAACCCAACAACUUGAUAGUAUUUGUGGCAUCGAAUUAAUGUCACCACGAAAAAUGGAUCACUGCUGCUGGGACUCAAACAUUCAUGUUUCUAUGGGUUCAUUUUCAUCCUGCCAAAGUAAAAACACACCAUUGUUUUUUUCUGAGGGGGGGAAAAAAACCACACAGAUUCAACCUGUUCACAGGAAAAUGGGAGGACUUCUUUGUUUAUGCACUUUUUUAUUGUGCAUACGCCUGACAGUGUUACGUUCUAUAUACCUCACUAGUCAUGCUUAUGUGGGUGGACAGGAAGGAAAGGAGUUUGGUGAAUCAAGCAAAGGAUCUUGCAACCUAAUUUAUGAACUUUUUUAAAUAGUUUUGUUUUAUAGGAAGGGUCUUUUUGUGUUAGGCUGACAAAUGUAAUGCCAAAGGUAAAUUUUAAGAGGCCAUUGGCUGAGCUGUAUUUUUAUAUUAUUGUCUUAUUUGUCUGUGUGUAUUUUUACACCAACUUUUUAAAAAAUUUGCAUAUUUUAUAUUUUACUUAUCUGCCAAAAGAACACCUCCCCAACAUUUUGCUCUCUAUCUAUCCUUCUAAAUACAUUUUGAAAGAAUUCACACUUCCUCUCCCCGCAAAAAGCUUCCCACAAUGUGAAAACGUGUUGAUUUUGAUAUUGUUCACAACAAAAAUAAUAAAAUGUCUCUCUACAUUU